GCGGCUGCGUCGCUCUCGGGAGCCUUUGGCUCUGCUGCUUCCGCCCGAGCCCUUCCUGCGAGCCGGCCCGCGAGCAGCGCCGCAGACAUGGGAAAAUCUCUUUCACAUCUACCAAUGCAUGCAUGUAAGGAAGAUGGCUAUGAUGGAGGUACAGGAUCUGAUAAUAUGAGGAAUGGCUUAGUUCACUCCGAAUCCCACAACGAAGAUGGUCGAUGUGGAGAUGUGUCACAAUUUCCAUAUGUAGAAUUUACAGGGAGAGACAGUGUAACUUGCCCUACUUGCCAAGGAACAGGAAGAAUUCCACGAGGACAGGAAAAUCAGCUUGUAGCAUUAAUUCCGUACAGUGAUCAGAGACUGAGGCCAAGAAGAACAAAACUCUAUGUUACUGCAUCUGUAAUUGUAUGUUUACUGCUUUCCGGGCUGGCUGUGUUCUUCUUGUUUCCUCGCUCGAUUGACGUUGAAUACAUUGGUGUGAAGUCAGUAUAUGUCACUUAUGAACAGAGUAGACGUAUAAUAUAUCUAAAUAUUACGAGCACGCUGAAUAUAACCAACAACAACUAUUAUUCAGUUGAAGUGGCAAAUAUCACAGCCCAAGUUCAGUUUUCAAAAACUGUUAUUGGCAAAGCACGGCUAAACAACAUCACCAACAUUGGCCCUCUAGAUAUGAAACAGAUUGACUAUAUGGUGCCCACAGUCAUACAAGAUGAAAUGAGCUACAUGUUUGACUUCUGUACCUUAUUAUCUAUCAAAGUGCAUAACAUAGUAGUGAUGAUGCAAGUCACAGUGACAACAUCUUACUUUGGCCACUCUGAACAAAUAUCCCAAGAGAGAUACCAGUAUGUGGACUGUGGAGGAAACACAACCUACCAGCUGGGCCAGUCAGAAUAUUUAAAUGUACUUCAGCCUCCACAAUAAAAGCAGCUUUUGGCUAAUGUGGAAUGACUGCUGUUAAUGCUGCCAGAGAUCAUUUAAACAGGACUGGUACUAUGUAACGGCGGAAGUAUGUGCAUGUAAAGCAUAGCAAGUCUGGUGAUUUGAAUGCCAGGAGGGAAAAAGUACAAAAUGUAUAUAGAUGUACUUGCUAAACAUUGUGUUUCCCCUUCUGUUUGCUUUCUGUUACAUGUAGACACUUCUGUCAAGUUUUGUGGUGGGAGGGAGAAAGGGAGUAUCGGAUUCUUGAACUGAAUUGGGACCUUUCUUUACAGUGUGGUACAUCAGUUUAAAGCAAAUGUGUAUAUAUGUAUGUCUGUUUAGGUGAAAUGUGUCACUAAUGAGCAGUUUAGAAAAACAGAUACUCACAGAUUUAAGUUAUACUUCAGUUCUUGUUGGCUCUUAACUUACAAUACUGCUAUUUAAGUAACAAGAUUGCUCUGAGGUAUCUGGCUGUAAAACUUUUAUUAAUACACCACUGGUAGUAGUUCUGUGUUUCAGGAUUCUACUUUUUCUUUGUUAUACUUGAUUAGCAGUGAUGUGGUCUACGUAAGCCAGCAAACUGUCAUGGAUGACAGUAUACUUGAAAGUGCAGCUUCUAGAAUCUGACAUCUUUUUGCUUCUAUCCCUCCUUCUGGGGGUUGUUGUGAGGAGAAUGUAUGUUGUUAAACUUAAAGUUGUGGGUCUUAAAAACAACACCCAAUAAUCCUCAAAUCACUACUGACAAAGGAAAAAUUCAGGCCUGUAGAAAAUGAAUGGGUAAAGACUGACACUGUCAUUCCAUUUUUUUCUAAACACAACUAUUAGUUUCUGACUACACUAUCUUGAGUUUAAGUGGGAAGCUGUUUGAGCAUGAGUUUUGGCAGCUUGAGGUAAACUUACACUGUAUUAAAACACUAAAAAUGCUGUAUCUAAACUACUUGCAGGAUUAAUGUGUUGCGAUAUGUGUAUUCAAUGUGCAGGCUCAUAAGCAGUAUUGUUGGAAUCUUCUGAGCCCUCGCAGUUCACAUCAAAGCUGCGUAAGUGAGAACAAAGCAGUUCUUUCUGUAGAAAUAAAUGCUGAUGUAAUCAUGAGACUGACAACUGAACUAGUGGAAAUAGCUUCAGAAGGGUAGUUUACACAGUGAGAAUUUUGCGGGCUUUUAUCAAAUACGAUCUUCAUAAAUUUGGGGUCUGAAAUUCCUUGAUUUCUGGAGGCUGAAUGUUGUAAGGGUUAGGUGCAAAAUGUUUUAAUGAAGUAGAGCGGGACUGUUUUAUUUCUAAACUAGGUAAAAUGCAGCUGUAAGAAGAUACUAUUGAGACUAAUGGAUAAAACUUUUAAUGGAUGUUGCAGUUUUUCUGCUGCCUACCUUCUUGAAAUAAGCUGUAUAAAAUGAUUUGGCAAUAAAUACCAUGAAAAAGGCUGCUGAGUAACUUCUUGCAACUAUCAGUCUGUUAUGCUGCAGUACUUCAGUGACAAUACACAUUUAUAUUACUCUUCUUCCUCAAUGUUUUUUUCAGAUGAACCUAGCUUUAAAAGAUAAGCUCAUAUAUCACAUAAGACUGACUUACAAGGAACAAUAACCAAACAAAAAGCCUAGACUCUUUCUAGCUAACUGUUGUGAGCUCUGAUCUUGAAGUUCUAAUAAAAAUCUGCCUCUGCCUAUUGGAAUCUAAACCAUUUGUUUUGUACAGGUUUUGCUGAUAAGAUGAAGAUGUUAUCAUAUGGCUUUGGAGAACUCCUGGUACUGGAAUAGUUUAAUUACUUGCUGCAGUUGUGUUUUAUAAGUGUCCAGAUUCAAGAAUAAUUUUUAUGUUCUUUAUUUUCCUUUAUGAUCAUAAGGGAAAAUAGUAGUUUACAAGUGAUGCUCCUCUAAUCUCCCUGGAGAUUAAGUUCAGUUCUGUGGCUGAUAAAACACUUAUAAGGCUGAUCUGAUGGUCUGAAAAAGUCCUAUUGGAUAACUAAAGAUUGAAAUAGCGAGGAGCUGACUAUAGCAGAGAAGUAAAAUCUACUAAAUUAACGGACAUAAGUUUCAUUUACAUUGGAGGGUAGGGAGAGAAUUCCCAUUUAGACCAUGUCCAAACCUCAAUUGUUUUCCUACAUUAAAGGAAAACUUGUAGGCAGAUAUUUUGUAUAAGUUUUAACCAAAAUAUUCUUCAAAGGAAUAAACAAUAAUCUAAAAUAACUGGAAUGACAAAAUGGAACAGGUUUUUUUGGAGACAGUAUUUGAAUGCUGCUUGAACAGCUGUUGGAUGGAUUUUACAUUGCUUAAGCAGUAUUGUGAGACUUAAACUGACCUUUGGAAGUUUGGCAGACAUAUUGAGGAGAAGGCAUACUUAACUCUAGGGAUCUUAUUGCAUAAAAUGCUUGGUAUGAGCUAAUUUGAAAACAAGACCUUUUGAGUGUUUUAUUUUUUUCCAUGUAUGUGGAAAGAAUGAUACAACUCCUAGUUUUAAAUGUCUGUUGUUAUCUGCGAUAAUCUAAUGGAUAUGAAUUUUAAUGUCAUCAUUUUAUGGUAAACUUACUGAAUGCCUAAGAGCUCUCACCUGAAAAACAGAAGCAGGCGUAAAGAUCCUAUUUGACUCCUCAGGUCAGUUCCAGGAGAAUCAAAGGCUUACAAUUCUCUGUGUGCACACUUGCAAAACAGUCAGUUUGUGAUUAACCAAAUAAGCGAGAGUUUGAACUUAACUUCUAAUUCUUAUUUACCAUCUCUUUAUGUAGGCAAUUAAGGCAUCUGCUGGAAUACAUAACUUGGAAUUGAUUUCUGUGGCUGAGCUUGGAAACAUUAUGAUAUGGGAGCACAGGAAGUGAAUAUAGUUUGUAACAAGCUAUGAGAACUGAUAGAUAGUGAUAGACCCAUAGAGUGAUAACUGCUAUUUCACAUUUAUCUUGACUUUAAAAAAGGCAAGCCUUAUGGCUCACUGUAAAACAGUGAGUACAAAUUCUCUCUAGGACAGACUGAAGAACUAACAUCUUCUCUGGUUUGCUUUUCUGUGUAUAAGAUGUUUUCUUAAGGCUUCUUCUGAUAUGAUGAAUAUUUUAUGUGCAAGUUGCCCUUAAUGUACUACCAAAUGCUGGUGUUCUAUUACUGUGUUGUAAGGGAUUUAUUUCUGAUAUUGUUCUUUUCACUUGAAAAUUUGUAGUAAUUCUGUAGGUAACCUAUUGCACUUUAAAAUGGAAGCUCAUUAGUUAUCUGUUAAAAUAGUGAUGUGCUAAAACUAAGGUAAAUUCAUGUGGAACACAAAGUAAAUGAGUAAAAAAGAUGUCUAUUUGGCCAUUUUGAACUGGCAAACAAAAUUCUUUUUCAUUAUGAUGCAUUGGAUCAAGGAAUGAACUCAGCAAACUUAAAAGCCCUAAGAUCUGAUCUUCAAAUGUCCAUUUGGGAAGAUUAAAAGAGAAACUCUUGUCUGAAAGGUGUAAUUCCCGAGGCUCUUGAAUUUUUGAUUUGUGGGAAAGCCUCUACAAACUCAUUCAUAUAACUUCUUUGCUCAUCUUGGUACGUAGGGGACUGCUGCUUAGUCCUUAAACUUGUGUGAAGGCAGGCAUAAAUAUCUCUUCCUCUUUGGAGCAGCUUUGGAGUUCUUAAUGUAUUUCUGAUGCGUGCAUGACCUUGGUAUUAACAUCAUUAAGUCUUGCAACCUGAUGUUGGAGGGAUUAAGUACAUGCUUUAGUUAACUUUGGAACAAGUUGUCCUUGAAGUUCAGAGAGUGAGUAACUCUUUCCUUAAUAGUGUAUUUUAAACAUGACUCUUGAGCUUUUUUUUUUUAGGGUUUGUAUAAAGCUAACUAAGCAUGGAAGCUUUAUGUCUUGGUUUCAGCUAUUAGGAUUGGCAACAUUCUGACUGAAACAUUGUGCCCUCGUGGUGAAAUGGUGCUUGGAGUGGCAUGAGAUGUCUAGUUUCACAUAAUUCAAAACUGAAAGAGGUAUGAUUUCUUAUUCAGUAUAGAAGGCUGUUACUGUGGUGAUGGAAUAGGGUGGCUUUUGUUUGUUUGUUUUUUCUUUUUUUGAGGGCUGGUGGUGGUGUGUUUUUGCAUCUAAUAGGAUAUCUGACUGUUCCCAGGUGUAAUCUUGUGAAAUGGGUAAAUUGUUUUAAUCAGGCACCUAUGUAAAACUGAAUGUCAGUGAGAUUAGUCUUUUUAGAGUUAGGAGAUAAGUAAGACUAGCAGUAGCUCUACUGUGAGAAUUAAAUUUUUACUUGCCUCUCUAACAAAAUACCACAACCCUAGCAGUGCUUCCAGGCUUACCGUUAGUUCUGAAAAGGGAGCAGAAGCUAAAUAAACAUAACCCAGGGUAUUUUCAUAGUGGGCUUUUUUAACUAGCAGAACACUUGUUAGUGUUAGCUCUGAUCACCCCCAAAAUCUAGGUUGUUUUUGUGAUUUUGGCAAAACAUAAUGAGUUAAAAACAACCAAACAUCUUGUAAACAAUAAUUUGUUAUAGCAAAGACAUAGAGUAUUUGUCCACUUGAGAAGCUACCCUCCUAUUUUAUCUUUAGUCAGUGAUUGUGGUAAUGAAGGAGUAGCUUGUUCUGCUGCUCUUACAAUUUUUGUCAUAUAAACCUGCUUCCCUGUCAUUCAGUAGAGCAGGUAUAGUCCUUUUGGUAAGGAAUCUGUCAAAUUAAAGUUACUGAGUUGGGCUUGACGGUGUAGUGCCAGACCAUUAGGUGGCAGUAACAUCCUGAUAACUCAUACUGUCCUGUUCCAUCAACAGUCAUAAGGGUCUUAGAACCUGGACACACAGGUCUUUUGGGCACUGAAACAGCUUUUGAUAGGUAUGGAUAGGAAUAUUUAGUGUCAGACAUGCAAGCAUAUUAUGAUACCUAAAUGUUUUGGAUCUGACUGUCAGUGAUUUAAUUCCCUAAUUAUUUUGCUUUAAGGAAACAACCACUGUUGAUAUCCACUGUACAGAGUAUGCAUUGAAUAGCUUAAGAAAUGUAUAGAAAUACUAAUGAGUGAUAACUAUUUUUGUAACUUAAGAGUUGUAAACUGUUGCUCUUGUAACUGUGUAGCAAAUGAUCUGUAUCAAUUUAAGCAUGAUAAGUAAGCACUUUAAGUCAAGAUGUAUUUGGAAGCGACUUGUAGGACCCAGAGCCUGUCUUAAAAUGUAAAUGAAAUGUGACAAUAAAUCAUGUUAUUUAGAGGCUGCAAAUCUGGAGUUAACUUCGUUAUGGAAACCAGAUGUAUGUUUCUAGACAGGAUUGCUUCACUCUUAAAGAAUGAUAUUAAAUUUUCUAUUUUAAAAAAACAGUAACAA